CAUCUGACAGCUGCUUUUUACUCAUAUUCCCAAAUUUAACUACGUAGAGUCACCGGUACGGACAAUCGACAUCUCUCACUGACAGAGAGUGGCCGUCACUCCAACGGACCACCGCUGACCGCUCGCCGCCAUGAGAGCCGCAACGAGCGUCCCUUCACCGGAUCACAUCACAAACCCCAAAACAUUCAUAAAAAUUCUAGUCCUGUCGUUCUUCUCCUUAUCCCUCUUCUUCGCCGUCAAACACUUUUCCUCCGACACUACCUACUCUCAGGAAUUCUCUCUACCGUUCUCCUCCACCACCAACACUACCACAGCCGUCCACGCCGAUGUCAAUUCCACUGCCAACAGUUCCACCACUUAUUUGUCCUCGCCGCCAAACGCGGUCUCUCCGCAACUGCCGCGUCUGCAGCCCGAAGAUGUUAUUGAGAGGACGGGAAUUGUGGACGAGAACGGCGCGAUGACGGUUGACUUUGUGAUAGGGGAUUACGACUCGAGUUUACUUGAGAGUAAGGUUAACGAAAGUUUGGGGGAGAGUGUUGUAGAAAGCGAUCAGAAUUGGGAAAAAAUUGAAAAUUUUAGGGUUUGUGAUCAGAGUAGAAGAGAGUAUAUACCUUGUUUGGAUAAUGUAGAUAUGGUUUCUAGGUUAAAUUCAACUGAAAAGGGCGAGAAGUAUGAAAGACAUUGCCCAGCAAAAGGAAACGAAUUGGAUUGUCUGGUGCCCAAUCCCAAAGGGUACAAAGACCACAUUCCAUGGCCAAAAAGUCGAGAUGAGGUAUGGUAUGAUAAUGUACCUCAUACACGUCUGGUUGAAGAUAAAGGAGGACAAAACUGGAUAUCAAGAAACAAAGACAAGUUCAUAUUUCCAGGAGGUGGAACACAGUUCAUACAUGGCGCAAAUCUGUACUUGGAUCAAAUCUCUAAGAUGGUUCCUGAUAUUGCAUUUGGUCAACAUGUUCGAGUUGCAUUGGAUGUUGGUUGUGGUGUAGCAAGUUUUGGUGCUUUUUUACUGGAUCGAAAUGUGACUACUCUAUCUAUAGCACCAAAAGAUGUUCAUGAGAACCAGAUUCAAUUUGCCCUAGAGCGUGGUGUUCCUGCCAUGGUGGUAGUAUUUGCAACACACAGAUUGUUAUAUCCAAGCCAAGCAUUUGAUUUAAUACAUUGCUCAAGAUGUAGAAUAAAUUGGACUCGUGAUGAUGGAAUUUUUCUUCUGGAGGUGAACAGGAUGCUAAGGGCAGGAGGAUACUUUGUCUGGGCAGCACAGCCUGUUUAUAAACAUGAAGAUAAGCUUCAAGAACAAUGGAAAGAAAUGGAGGAUCUUACUGGACGCAUAUGUUGGGAACUGAUAGCAAAAGAAGGAUAUAUCGCCACAUGGCGCAAGCCUCUCAACAACACCUGUUACUUUACACGUAAUCAAAACACACAACCUCCAAUAUGUGAAGAAAAAGAUGAUCCAGAUAAUGUUUGGUAUGUCCCACUGAAGGCAUGUAUAACUAAAUUACCUGAAAAUGGUUAUGGAGGUAAUGUUACAGAGUGGCCAGCACGCCUUCAUCAUCCACCAGAGAGGCUUCAAAGUAUAAAAAUGGAUGCUUUUGUAUCCAGGAAGGAUAUAUACAAAGCAGAGUAUAAAUAUUGGAAAGAAAUAACAUUUAGUUAUGUUAAUGUUUUUCGUUGGAGGACUUUAAAUGUACGAAAUGUGAUGGAUAUGAGGGCAAGAUAUGGAGGAUUUGCAGCAGCAUUACAUGAUCAUGGGGUUGAUUGUUGGGUUAUGAAUGUUGUUCCUGUUAGUGAUACCAAUACUUUGCCUGUUAUCUAUGAUCGUGGACUUGUGGGCGUUGUCCAUGACUGGUGUGAGCCUUUUGACACAUACCCUAGAACAUAUGACAUAUUGAAUGCUGCUGGGCUCUUCUCCAUAGAGCAAAAAAGGUGUAGUAUGUCUAGCAUAAUGCUUGAGAUGAAUCGAAUCUUAAGGCCAAAUGGGCAUGUGUAUAUUCGGGAUGUUAAUUCUGUGAUUUAUAAACUUGAAGAAAUAGCAAAGGCGAUGGGAUGGAUGACACAUGUGUUUGACAAUGGUGAGGGUCCCAAUGCUGGGGUCAAACUUUUGACAUGUGAAAAACGCCUUCUAUAACACAAAAAACACUUUUCUCGUAUUCAUAUUCCUUAAAAGUAUAUACCAGAUAGCUGCUGCAACAUUUAUAGCCUUAAACCUUAAACUGAUCAUUGGAAAACUGGAGCAGGAAGUUUGUUGAUGAAGGAAAAAAUAAUUCUAAUAAAUAGGUAGAGUUACUUGUAUUCAUUAUAUGGAUAAAUGUUGAAUUGAAUAUAUUAAUUGAUUGUAAAAUUAAAAAGAUAAGACAAACGGGU